AUGGUGCUGCCCUACAUGGACGGCGGCAGCCUGCGCGCGCAUCUCAGGACGUCGGCGGUCCCGAUCUCGCAGUGGCGCGUGGCGUGGGUCGUCGCCAACGCCCUUCUCGAUCUUCGCACGACGCAGAUACUGCACCGCGACGUCAAGUCGGACAACAUCUUUCUGAGUGUGGACGGCCGCGUGCUCCUAGGCGACCUUGGCGUGGCGAGAGAGGUGCUGGAUGCGAGCACCACCUUGACAAAUGGCGUUGGCACGCCCUACUGGAUCGCGCCCGAGGUGUUUACGGGCGGUCACUACGACGCAGCAGCCGACGUCUACUCGUUUGGAAUCGUACUCACCGAGCUCAGUACGCGCAAGACGCCGUACUGGGACGCGCCGCGCAAAGGGUUCGCGCUCAUCGAUGGAGUUCGGGCGGGCGACCUGCGGCCAACGCUCGCACUCGACUGCGCCGACUGGUUCCGAGACCUCGCACACCGCUGCUUGCGCCACGAUCCCACGCUACGCCCGUCGGCGGGCGAUAUUGUAUCGGCGCUCGUGCAACACCGGAACGCCUCGAUCACAACACCUAUGGUUGCAGCCUCGGAUGCCUGGUAG